AUGGAUCAGCGCAUUGGGCAACGUUCUUUUUUCAGGCGUUGGCCUUUCCAAAGGCCUUCACCUGAAAUCAGGUGCCCGUUUAAUGCUGGUCUGGGCUGUUUGCUGAAAGAAGCUGCUGCCAGACGAAGGCCCCAAAGAGGCUCAAUCAUGGAGGAAUCACGCCGCCUGAAGUUAUGCUACAUUGGGGCGUUGUUGGGCCUAAUUACUUUGACCAUUGUGCGCUUCAAACUCUUCGAGGAUCCCCACGGAGCGAUGUUGCUCAUGCUGGUGGACAUCCUUGCUAUCUUGGGACUUUUUCUUGACAGUGACUACGACAUGCAAUGCUGCAAGAAUUGCGGCAUCAUGGCCUUCAUCGGUGGAGCACUGGAUCUUAGCAUUGCCAUCGAGACCUUCGGGAAAGCUCGAGAGGUAGAGUUCUCGUGGACGAAUACGCCCCACGUCUGGAUGUUCUUCCUGGCCCAUUUGGCCUAUGCAUCAGCAGAGAUCGCUUGGGCUUUGCUGUGUUACUUUGUGUGCCAGCGGAUCGAAGAGACCUGGGAGACCGCCGACGAGGUCUAUGUGGCCACCCAG